AUGAGUGGCGAAUCAUCGCUAGCAGCUGUGACUGCUAUUCUGAAAAGUCUCGCGACCGAUCCGACCACGCCGCCUCUCUUGAAUCUCCGCGUCAACACCCGCUUCAACAUCCCUGGCGCUGAUACUUCUGAAAAGCUCGAACUCGAGCUCGAACUUGCUGCGCUGGUUCUCCGUGUCCAGCAUCUUCAGGCCCGUGCCAAUACGACCACCUCGAGCCUGCUUCCCGACACCCCUGACGGAAAUGGCCAUCUCUCUCUGUCGGACGAAAGAGCAAGGGCUGGGAAUUCUGGAUAUGCUGCUCCGCUACCGCGAGAUGAGCUCCUCGACGAGGCUCUCGAAGGUUUGAGGGAGCAUGUUGACGAUCAGUCCAAGCUUCUCGACAGCCAGCGCCAGGAGCUGGAUGGCGUAAAUGCCCAGCUUCUCGAGCAGAAGCAGCUCCAGGAGAGGGCCCUUGCCAUUAUCGAGCAGGAAAGGGUCGCUACUCUGGAACGCGAGCUAUGGAAGCAUCAAAAGGCCAACGAGGCCUUCCAAAAGGCCCUGCGUGAGAUUGGUGAAAUCGUGACGGCUGUCGCCCGCGGUGAUCUUUCCAAGAAGGUGCGGAUGAACAGUGUUGAGAUGGACCCCGAAAUUACCACUUUCAAGCGUACCAUCAACACCAUGAUGGAUCAACUGCAAGUCUUCUCCAGCGAAGUGUCUCGUGUCGCCCGUGAAGUCGGUACCGAGGGUAUCCUCGGUGGCCAGGCUCAAAUCGAGGGUGUUGAUGGAACUUGGAAAGAACUUACUGAUAACGUGCGUGAAAUCGCCUCUGUUACCACCGCCGUAGCCCAUGGUGAUCUCACCAAGAAAAUUGAACGCCCCGCCAAGGGAGAAAUUCUACAGCUGCAACAAACGAUCAACACCAUGGUAGACCAACUGCGGACUUUUGCCUCUGAAGUCACACGCGUCGCCAGAGACGUCGGAACCGAAGGUAUCCUGGGCGGCCAGGCUGAUGUCGAAGGGGUACAGGGCAUGUGGAACGAACUGACUGUCAACGUGAAUGCCAUGGCCAACAAUCUGACUACACAAGUGCGAGAUAUCAUCAAGGUUACCACGGCUGUCGCAAAGGGUGAUUUGACGCAAAAGGUGCAGGCUGAGUGCCGCGGAGAAAUCUUUGAACUGAAGAAAACGAUCAACUCUAUGGUGGACCAGCUCCAACAAUUCGCACGGGAAGUUACCAAGAUUGCCAGGGAAGUCGGAACCGAAGGGCGACUCGGCGGACAAGCAACGGUACAUGAUGUCCAGGGCACUUGGAGAGAUCUUACGGAAAACGUCAACGGUAUGGCUAUGAAUUUAACAACGCAGGUGCGAGAAAUAGCAAAGGUCACUACGGCCGUCGCUCGGGGUGACCUUACCAAGAAGAUUGGGGUCGAGGUGCAGGGUGAAAUUUUGGAUUUGAAGAACACCAUCAACACCAUGGUGGACCGCUUAGGAACAUUCGCGUUUGAGGUCAGCAAGGUGGCCAGAGAGGUCGGCACGGAUGGUACACUGGGCGGUCAGGCUCAGGUCGACAACGUAGAGGGCAAAUGGAAAGACCUCACUGAAAACGUAAACACCAUGGCCAGAAACCUUACAUCACAGGUCAGAGGGAUUUCAACUGUCACACAAGCCAUUGCCAAUGGAGACAUGAGCCGGAAGAUCGACGUCGAAGCCAAGGGCGAGAUACUCAUUUUGAAGGAAACCAUCAACAACAUGGUUGACCGGCUUUCGAUAUUCUGUAACGAAGUGCAAAGGGUCGCCAAGGACGUCGGUGUCGACGGUAUCAUGGGUGGACAGGCCGAUGUUGCUGGCCUGAAGGGAAGAUGGAAGGAAAUUACUACCGACGUCAACACCAUGGCCAACAACUUGACGGCUCAAGUACGAGCAUUUGGUGACAUUACCAAUGCCGCAACGGACGGGGAUUUCACCAAGCUAGUUGAAGUCGAAGCGUCCGGUGAAAUGGACGAGCUCAAGAAGAAGAUUAACCAGAUGGUGUACAACUUGAGAGACAGUAUCCAGAGGAACACGCAGGCCAGAGAAGCAGCCGAGUUGGCCAACAAGACCAAAUCCGAAUUCCUUGCCAACAUGUCCCACGAGAUACGGACCCCAAUGAACGGCAUCAUCGGUAUGACACAGCUCACUCUCGAUACCGACCUCACUCAGUAUCAAAGGGAGAUGCUCAACAUUGUCAACUCGCUGGCCAACAGCCUGUUGACCAUCAUCGAUGACAUCUUGGAUCUGUCCAAGAUCGAAGCUAGGAGAAUGGUUAUCGAGGAAAUUCCCUACACGCUGCGUGGAACUGUCUUCAAUGCGCUCAAGACUCUCGCUGUUAAGGCAAACGAGAAGUUCCUAGAUCUCACGUACCGAGUCAAUAACUCGGUGCCAGACCACGUGGUGGGUGACUCGUUCAGGUUGCGCCAGAUCAUCCUGAACCUGGUGGGCAACGCCAUCAAGUUCACCGAGCAUGGCGAAGUCAGCUUGACCAUUCAGAAGGCGUCUCACGUCCAGUGUGCGCCCUACGAGUACGCCAUUGAGUUCAUCGUGUCCGAUACGGGAAUAGGUAUUCCGGCGGACAAGCUUGAUCUCAUUUUCGACACGUUCCAGCAGGCCGACGGCUCCAUGACACGCAAGUUUGGCGGUACCGGAUUGGGUCUCUCCAUUUCCAAGAGACUGGUCAACCUGAUGGGCGGCGACGUGUGGGUCAAGAGCGAGUACGGCAAGGGCAGCAAGUUCUACUUCACGUGCGUCGUCCGUCUCGCCAACGAUGAUGUUUCGCUCAUUGCGAAGCAACUUACCCCCUACAAGGGCCACCAGGUACUGUUUAUCGACAAGGGCAGGACCGGUCACGGAUCCGAGAUUGUCAGGAUGCUCAAGGAGCUGAGCCUCGUGCCUAUCGUUGUCGACUCGGAGAAGAGCCCCGCGCUGGAGAAGGCUCGGACUCAGCAAAAUUCGCCAUACGAUGUCAUCAUUGUUGACUCGAUCGAGGACGCUCGCAGAUUGAGAGCGGUCGACGACUUCAAGUACCUGCCCAUUGUGCUCUUGGCCCCUGUGGUUCACGUUUCGCUCAAGUCCUGCCUUGAUCUGGGCAUCACGUCGUAUAUGACCACGCCAUGCCAGUUGAUUGAUCUCGGCAACGGCAUGGUGCCUGCCUUGGAAAACCGCGCGACACCCUCGCUGGCGGAUAAUACCCGCUCGUUCGAGAUUCUGUUAGCGGAAGACAACACGGUCAACCAGAGGCUUGCAGUCAAGAUCCUGGAGAAGUACCAUCAUGUGGUUACCGUGGUUGGGAACGGCGAGGAAGCUGUUGAGGCUGUCAAGAGGAAGAAGUUUGAUGUCAUCUUGAUGGAUGUUCAGAUGCCUAUCAUGGGUGGAUUCGAAGCCACAUCCAAGAUCCGCGAGUACGAGCGCAGCCUAGGCAGUCAGCGCACCCCCAUCAUCGCCCUGACGGCGCACGCCAUGAUGGGCGACAGAGAAAAGUGCAUCCAGGCCCAGAUGGACGAGUACCUCUCCAAGCCCCUCCAGCAAAACCACCUCAUCCAGACCAUCCUCAAGUGCGCCACGCUCGGCGGCCAGCUCCUGGAGAAGAACAGAGAGCGGGAGCUCGCCAGGGCGGCGGACGCGGUGACAGGGGGUCGGAGGGACAAUGCCGCGCUGAAUGCGUACCAGCAGAAUGCCAGCAGCAACGCGGGCGCUGCGGCGGCGGCGGCGAUCUCGGCUGCUUCUCAUGUGAGGCCGAGCCUGGCGGCAACGAGGGGGAUGACGGCCUCGGAGGCGCUGACGGCGGGACUGGAGAGCCCGAGCAUUGUCACUGCUGAUGCGGAGGACCCCUUGAAGGGAGGGGUUGGGAGGUCGAGUACUAGUCUGUCGGAGCCGAAUAUUCACCAUCAUAGCACUACUGCACCUAGGGGGCAGAAGUAGUGUUUUUUGAUGGGUUUGGAUUCUGGGGGUUCAUUUUCAAUAUGUUUUGAGGCACUUUUUCCAUCGAUUUUUUUGAGGAGCAAAGAGCGGUAUACUCUAGCUAUUGUCUUUCAGGGCGAGCAUGAGGUAUUUCUGAAGGGGAAAAAAGCAAACAAAGGGCCAAGGGAGGGAAGAAGGGGGGUUUGGGGGUUGAUGUGGGGGCUGAGUAGGUAUGCGUGUGUGUGUGUGUGUGUGUGUGUGUGUGUGUGUGGUUUUGGGCUUUCGGUAUCUCAUGGUUUUGGGUAACAUUGGGGCACAUUUUUUCUUUUUGAAAGGGGUUGAAAGGGGUUUUUCUGGAAUCGGGGGUUUCAUGUCUUUUUUAUUUUUUUAUGUACUUCCAUUUUUCUGUGUUUGGUUUUGUUGCGUGCGCUUUUAGUUUUGCUCCCUCAUAUUGGCUUGCUUGUUACUUGUGUUUCAUUGUUUUUGUUUUGUUGCAUGUGAUACCUCCCCUCACAAACACGAUUUUUUGGUUAGUAGAAAACGUUCUUUGGUGUGUGUGUUGGUGCAUGAAUGUCUGUGUGCUUUGAACGGAUGAUGUAUGUGGAGGUAGAGGUGUGUUGACUUGCUUGGAAAUCUUCUUGGUGUUAGGAUAAGGAUAUGGUGAGGGAGGUGGGUGGAGGGAGGGGAUGAUAUAUAGCUAGGGAGGAAAGAAAUGUUGAUGACGACAACAGGCAAGAAACGAGAAACAAUUAAGAAUAUAACGAGCGAGAUGAUUUUAGGCAGUUAGCUAUUCUACUUUACUACUACCACCACCA